AGCCCCCGCCUCUCUUCCCGCCUAAGCUUUUGACGCCGCCACGAUGGCUUCCACGUCAGGCACAGCAAAAGACCAGCCGGUCCAUGGCCGCGCCACCCAACGUCGCGAGUCCACCUCCACCUCCACCGCUGCAGCCGAGGGCGGCGCCGUCGCCUCGCAGCCGCCGCGCCCGCCUCAGCCCCGGCCCGGCACCACCCGCCCGCCAUUAUGGCGUCCGCCGCGUUGGCCAUGGGGCUCCAGCUCCAGCGCCGCCACCGCCGCGGCACCCGGUGGUGCUUCGACCGCCGCUGCAGCCCAGGGCGGCGGCUCCGCUGCCUCUCGCCCGCCGCGACCGCCGCGCCCGCCUCUGCCGCCGCGGCCACCGCGCCCGCCCCUGCCGCCUCUUCGAGAGCCCGGAGAGGGAGGAGGCCGCGGCGACGGCCGGGGCGCCACCGGCACCGGAUCGAGCUCCGCCGCUGCAGCGGUCGACCGGAAGGGGAAGAAGAAGGUCGACGAAGGUGAUCGGGAUCCGGAACAGGCGCUAAGGAAGUCUGGUCCCCUUGAAGGGAAGUUACUCCAGAGCAGCAUUCGUGCGUAUCAAGGGCCCCCCGCCGCCGAGAAACCAUCCGGCGCGCCGCCGGCAGCAACACCCCCCGCCCGCAACACCGGCCGUCUGGGGCUCUCCGACCGUGAGGCAGAUGAUGCCUUGAACGAUAUCGACCUGGCGAUGGCCAGGCAGCUACCUGUUGUUGAUACCACUGUUCAGAAGGAGGAGGAAGAGAAGGAGAAAGAGAAGGAGAAGGAGGAGGAGGAGGAUGAUGACGACGAUGAGGAGGGGGAGCUGCUGUCGCACGUUUCCAGGAGAAAGAACCCACUCCGGAGUAGAAUUGAUGGCUACAUCAGCAUGCUUUUAUGUAGAAAAGGAAGUCUAACGUGUUUCUCCGAUGUGAAUAACAGAACAGACCUGCCAACUCUUGUGAAUCACCAGAAAUUUUCCAUGGAAUUUGCUCCUGACCAUUAUUGUCUACCGGGUUUGCGGGGAAUUAUUUCUUCAAAUUUUCUGAUCCUUGUUAGCAAGUAUUCAGAAUUUAGGGCAGUGCAUGGAGAUGGGGAAUGUUUCUACAGGAGCUUCAUAAUUUCCUAUCUGGAGCAAGUCCUUGACAGGGAGGACACAGAUGAGGAACAACGCCUCCUUGCUGCCCUUGAAAUUGAAGUUAAACCAAUGGCUAUGCAAAUUGAUUAUCCUGAAUGGGCAACUGCAUUUUCCUGGGGCCACGAAGUAUUUAAGAAGCUGAUAGAGAACAUAAUUGGAUGGAAGAAUCCAGCAUCAACAUACAGCCGUAAGCAGGAACUUCUGGGGUUCUUCAGCAGUAAAAGGAUGUCGAAUGGCAUUUUUGUUUUCCUCAGAUCAUUAGCAGCUACCUGGAUUUGCUCGCACAAGGACGAGUAUGAACAGUAUGUAGAUGAUCUUGGAGAUGAUUACCCCCUGGAAUUUUGGUGUGCUACCAAUCUCCUUCCACCUCGUCUGUACACAGACCAUGUUCCAAUGAGGGCCUUGGCAGCCGCGUUUAGGGUGCCCCUCCAAGUGGAAAAUCUGCAUAAUGGACCAGCUCAAGAUAUCUACACCGCGGAUGGCGUCGACGUUCCUCGUGUCACCUUGCUGUACACAGGUGCCCACUAUGAUAUCCUUUACCCACGCCCUCCUGGUGAGAGAUCGAGACGACGGGCUGCAGGUUGGCUUUGUCGCUUCUGGUAGGGAGAGAGCUGAGUUGGAUUGCUGCAGAUGAGUAUGAGCAUUGCCGAGCUAGGUGGUAGAAAAAUUUUGACUUCUAGAUGAAAGUAGGCCUUCUUUCUUCUACUGGUGCGGUGGUGCAUGCCCACCCCAUUAGGCUGAUCAAUAUAUCAUAGUUGCCGCUCACUGUUCUGAAAAUUGUGACUAGGAUAGAAAAACCUGUGCUGUAAUGUCAUCUGGGACCAUUGGUGUAAUGUGAUGGCCUUGAUUCUUUUGCAGCAACUUGUGAUUCUUUUGCAUCAUACAUAUGCUGUACAUUCUUUCUUUCUUGUGUUUGUGCCCAUGGGUGGAUCAAUUGUAAUAGUUGUGCAGUUUUCUGAAACUGUGACAAGGAGAAGAGAAACAUGUGUUGUACCGGCGUUUGAGUCCGUGAUGUGU